CGAGACCCCCAACCCCCACCCCGUGCCCAAAGACCCCACCCUGGGGCUGUGCGACCCCGUCGCGCUCUCACCGCCUGUCCCGUGCAUUUCGCUUCCUCUAAGGCCCCCCGCUCCUACCGUCGGCUUGGGUCUCAGGGACGCGGACUCCCAGCCUGAGGGCCCUGAUCUGCCCCCGCCCCAGUUUCGCUUGGUUAGGGCCGCUCCCGUCCUGCAUCUUUUCAUCAGCUUCCCCGGCCUGCCCCGGGGACACUUGUGAAGGGAAGUCAGGGGUCGGGCUGCAGUCUCUGUUUUCCGGAGCCUCUUGGAAAGCCCAGGAGACCCCUCCCAAGGGCCCAGGCCGACCUGAGCGGAAGAGCCCCGAGUUCACCCCCAAUAUCUGUGCCUGGAGGUAACAGGUUCCUCCUUAUUGUACAGUUCACAGCCCUGGGAACUACACCCCUUGGGAAAAAAGAGAACUAAAGUCAUGUGUAAGGACUGUACUUGGAGAAUGGCCUCUGGAGAGGGGAAGUGCCCGAGACACCUGAGGAUCCAACAAUGUUUCCAAACAAAGAGCCUCAGGGCACUUCCUCCAGGGAAUUCUGAAAACUUCUGCUCCACUAGGGGGAGGAAGAAGCUGCACAGACUCACCUCUUGGCCCCAGAGACUUGCCUGAUCCCAGCUGAUCUUUUAAUUCUCCUGUGCAGCUGCGGAGCUGUCUCUGGGACCCCUCAGUGAUGGGUUAGACUAGAUGUUAGUCAUGAUUGAUGGCCUACAGCUUUUAAAGAGAAGCCUGGGACAACUUGGGUCUUCCCAGACAGCUCUAAAUGGGCUGUACCAAAGUCGUCUUCCAAGCCCUAGUUAGGACAGUUCAGAUCUCUAGGGUCCGCUUUAUUAACCAUCUUACUCGGAGUCAUUGGCUCCCAGACCUUGGGCUCUUGGUCUGGCUGCCUGGCGCCAGGCUGCCUGAUUGCCUAGAGAUGUAUUAUUAGUACCUGCUACUCAUCUUUUUAGUUUCUGUUGAAGGAGAGUCUGGCUUUUUCCCUGGGGUUGGUCUCCAUGGCUCUAGUGCUAGGAAUUGGACCUCUGAGUGGACUGUCUGGGAACUCUGAAAGCAGAACUUCUGGUGGGCAGGGAGGUCCACCCCUGGGCACCUGAACAGCAGCAGCUGUAGGAACAGAGAUCUUCAUGGACUUUGGAUGUGCCAAGCGCUGGUUUGCGGAUACCCAGGCAGAUCUGCAGUGCCUAAUGCCAUGAGCGUGGUGGUGCAGCAUGUGGAGGAGAAAGCUGUGCACUCCUGGUCACGGAUCUCCACGGCAGGGAAGAAGGCCCUGGAGGAAGCGCUGCUUGUCUUUAACCCCAUGAGCCAGGAUCUCAGUGCCACUGAGGCCCAGCUUGUGGCCUUCCUGCAGGGCCUGCGGGAUGAUGGCUUCCAACCUACCAUCCUGCGCAGCGGUGAUGUCUAUGGCUAUAGUUCGUGCACAGCCAACCCCCCAAGCCAGACAAAGCUUCAAGCUCGUGCCCCCACCCCAGCUGCCACAUCACCUCCAGCCAGUGCUCCCCGAACUGCCAUGCGGCUGCCUGCAGGCCGGGCCACGCUGCUCCCCAUGCCACUGUCUGGCAGGCUGGCCAAAGCAUCCACACCAGCCCUCGCCAAGCAUGCCACCACCAACCUGCUACUGAGCUCCCUGAAGCAGUCAAGUGCCAGCCGUGCCCGGGGUGCAGCAGUGGGCUUUCCCACCCACCUCUAUCCAGGUGUCUACCCUGCCAUGCGGCUUUCCGUUGUCCUUGAGGCCCUGGUUCCACUCAAGACUCCCAUGCCCUGCUUGGGUGCCAAGCACAAGGCACAGUCACUGCAGCUCUCACUUGCAACCUCUCCCCUGAAGCUGCGGAAAGGUCCAGGGAAGAGGCUGGGGAAUUCCCAGCCCAAAGCUCCCAGAAAAGCCACAAGCAAGGCCUCCAAGUGUCUGACUCGAAGAGGCCCCAGGGCUGGACCCCGACAAGGCACUGGGCCCCAGAGCAAGACCUACAAAGCCUCUGGUUCCCUCAGUGGCCCACGAAUGAAAGGUGGCUGUGCUCUGGGCACCAAAACAGCCCAGGCCAAAGCUUCCCGUGCCCAGGCCAAGGUGGCUCGAACACAAGCCAAAGCUGCCAAGGCCCGGGCAGAAGCCAAGGCAGCACGGAUCAAGGCCAAGGCCAAAGCCAAGGCAGUGCGGGCCAAGGCUAAGGCCAAGGCAGUGCAGGCCAGGGCCAAGGCCAGGGCAGUGCGGGCCAGGGCCAAGGCCAGGGCAGUGCGGGCCAGGGCCAAGGCCAAGGCAGUGCGGGCCAGGGCCAAGGCCAAGGCAGUGCGGGCCAGGGCCAAGGCCAAGGCAGUGCGGGCCAGGGCCAAGGUGGCUCGGACCCAUCCCAGGGGCAGGGGCAGGCCAAAAAGGUCUGUUCAGGCCAGGACUGCAAGGAGAGGCCGGAAAAGCUGCCCUGAGCCUGUGGGACAGAAGAGGAAAAGGACUGAGGAGGCAAAGGAUCUUCCUCCCCAGAAGAGAACACGGCUUGGGCCCCAAUCCCCUAAGGUAUGGCUAGGACCUGGAACGGCAAAGCUGCUGAAAUUCCGGGCCAUCAAGGUGGACAGGCGGUCCUCAGAUGAUGAGGUGCGGCUGCAGGCUCAACGGAUCCUCCGUGUGAACCUUUCCCCUGUAAUACGACUUCAGCCAUUGUUGCCAUACUCAGCACCCUGAUUCCUUCACGUAGCAACGUUUGGGGAAACUGAGCCCAGUUGUCUGUGUGGCCAGUGGCACAGUGUGCAAUGCCCAUGGAUUCCACAACCCUAAAGACUCUGGGUGCCUCUCCAGGGCCCUGAGAGCCACCAGCCUCCUUUCAGAGACUGGAGGAUGUGGGGUGGGGUGGGCGGGUGGGAGGGAUGGUGUCAUGGCGCGAUGCACUGUGACUUGUUACUCUUCAAGUUGUAUGUCCACUAUUCCAUCUAUCACGUUUUAUACCUUUCCACCUUCCAGUCUCCCUGCCCACACUCCAUGGUCUUUUUUUGUAUAUGUGACUGCUGGUAGGCCAGCUUGGGUGUUUAGAAAAGGUAGCCCCAGGAACAGGAAUGCCAGAGAGGGUCCUGGUAGCCCAGGGAAGGUCAUGAAUGUGAGUGAUGGGCAGCCUCCAGGCCCCUGAGGGCAGGGGCAGAGCCACUCUAAGGUGGGACACCUCCCCUUGGGGCUGCCCUGGUUUGAUAAUCCGGAUGCUCCCUUGGAGGAGGACAAUAGGUGGCUCUGUGGGGAAACUUGCAGCCUGCAGGUUUUUAGGCCAGGGAAGGGGAGGUGCAGACAGCCUGGCCUUGUCUUCCAGUCUACUCUGGCUGAAACCUUGGAGCUUUGUGUGGGCUUGUCUGGGGCAGGGCGGGGCCUAAAUCGGCUGAAGUACUUCUGCCUACUAUUUUCUCUGCUUCUUUCAGGAGAGGGACUAUCGUCGACUUCCCCAGUUGGUGGCAAGGGGUUGGGGCUUGAGUCAGGGGCCAGGGUAGCUCUGGGUUGUAGGGCCACAGAGUCCCCUCACUGACCAAGGAAUUAUAUUGGAUGGGUGGAGUGCUGCGGUCUCUGAGCAUGGAGAGUUUCCACACUGCCUCUCAGUGCUUUCUGCCUGGGUUCCAAGUGCUCUAUUCCCAGGUCCAGCCUCAGCAUGUCUUCCAACAGGGGCCUGUAUGUUCAGACAUUAUUGGUUCUUCCUGCUUUGGAGAGGGGACAGAGCCCUGAGCCCUGAACAAAAGUAGCUCCCUGCCCAUCUGCCAAUCCAUCACUGUCUGCCCAGCCUGAAAGGCAGUGGCUGGGGCUGGCGGGGAGGGGGAUACAUUCCCCAGAGGCUCCUGGAGACGAACAGCCUUUCAGAGCUAGGGGUGGAAGCCUCAUUUGAAUGAGAAUUGGAUCUUUUCUGUCUCUGAGGGUUAGUCUGAACCCUGGCUGCACCAGCAGCAGCUGCGUUGGAUGGCGGACCUAUAGAGAAACUCUGCUCCUCCCCACCUUUCUUCUGCAUCUGGUGACUGCUAUUAAUAUCCUUUCCCUGGGCACGGCCUCUCUUUGUUUCCCAGACUCUGGGGACACCCCCCCUGCCCCUUCUCCCAGCUGCACCAUGACUCCACAACCAUGCAUGCUCCUUGCCUCUGGCAUCCUUGAGUUCAUCUACCAUGUGAGUAUGGGGAAGGACCUGAGGGCCACACUCAGAUCCUUAAGGGCAGCCCAGCUAGGGGCACACUCUGUAUUCUCUCUCUCUGGCCUGAUUCUAGCUCCGACAGCCCAGGACCCCCAGCCGGGCGAGCCCCCCCUUUCAGCUCUGCUGCUGCCACUACCAAUGAGUGAGAGGUGGUCUCUACCUGAGAGCCACGUGGAGGGGGAGAGGAAAUCAUCGGGCCUCCCUGUGGGAUGGGGUGAGGUGGGGCGCGUACCCCUAGGAUCUCUAUACUCAGACCCUGCCCCUCCCAGUCGAGGCUCCCAGAGCAACUGCCCGGGACGUGCCAGACAAACUUCCUCCACCCGGCUGCUCAGGCGGCAGCUGCUACCCACCUACCAGCAACCUGAUUAUUGGCUGUGGCCAGAACCUUCGAACCUCAUCCACCUGUGGCCUCCAUGGCCCUGAACUCUACUGCAUUGUCAGUAACCUACAGGUAGGGAGGAGGGUACGGGCUCUGGAGAUGGCAUCUUGGAUUUUCUUGGGCAGGUUCAGCACCUGUGGGAGUUCAGGUCAUUGACAAGACCCAGAGGGAGAGGCCUGUGCUGUGAAAUUUUGGAGGGGGUUGUGGCCAACCAGGCACCUCCUGCCUAGUCAGUCUCAUUGGGCAUCCCUCCAGGAUGCUGAGAAUUGCUUCUUUUGUGACUCUCGGGACUGGAAAAGCCAUGGCAUUGAGAACGUGAUCUCCCAGAGUAGUCCUGGCAGCAAAAGGACCUGGUGGCGAGCAGAGCGUGGUGAGGGUCCUUGUGUGCCCAUGUGUGCAGGGCUGGGAUCAGGGUCAAGGCCUGGCCACUGACCAGCCCUUAUGGUUACAGGUGUUGAGAAUGUCACCAGCUGGACCUAGAAGAUGCCUUUUACUUUACCCACCUCAUCAGGACUUUCAAGGUGACCCACUGCCAGAGACUGAAAGCUUAUUCUCUGCCUCCUGACCUGAUGGCCACCGGUGAUGUUUGCCACUGGUGACCCAAGGACCCCCUCCUAUCCCCAGACAUUCUGGCUCUGCUCCUUGAGCUCUCAGUGGACCAUGGCCACUUCUGGCACAUGUACCGCUACUUUGCCCACAACUGCUUAGGCCUCUUUCCUGGGAUUCCUCUUGCCCCUGGCCACAGAGUCAGUGACCUCAUCUGUGAGCAGCAUUACUUAAGACAUCGAGACUUCCACUGAGGGAGAGGUCAGGCCCAGAGGAAGGGGGGUUAGGCCCUGGGAUGAAGCCAGAAGCUCAGGCUUGCUUCUUAGGUAAUUUCAAAGUUCUGGAUCCAGCCAUUCUCGUGGAGAACCCAAAUAAUACCAAGGUUCAGGGUAA